AUGACGAGACAAUGCUUAUUCAUCAUAGUUUUAACAUCUCCAAAAUUCUCAGCAUGGUGGUUGAUUAGCGUUCAGCAAGCCAUUACAAAGAAGCGCGGGGCUCAAAAUCCGUCAGAAUUGGUCAAAUGUGUCUGGACUCAAGUAAUGUAUAUUCGAAGACGGAAUUAUGAACAUGGAAGAAUAAAAAGAAACAAUCGCAGAAACAAAUCGAACGAAUCGCUUCAUUUUAUAUUUGGAACCUAUUUUAAACUUCUGUUGGCUUGGGCAAGCAUAAUAAUGCUGGACUUUUUUACGGAUCUUCGUUUUGAAUUUAUAUGGUCUUGUUGGCUAAUGGUACGAACAGUUAAUGAUUCAUUCAGAUAUCAGGGUUUGGUAAGCAUUCCAGUUUGGUCUGAGUCAUUUAAUAAUUUCCAAUAUUUUUCAACCCAACUGCAUAAAUUUAUUUCAAGAGCUGUUUGUGCACUAGUCAAUCAUUAGAAAUUAAUUUUCAUAGUAUGAAAACAUUGGUAUGGUGUAAUUUGAUUACCGAGUUUGACGUCAAUCAAAGGCCAUAUACCUAGGGUUUAUAUUUCUCGGUCUCUUCUGUAGGGUACACAUAGAACUUCGAAGCAAUCUAUUGUCCUUCAGAUAUUUCAGUCGGUAUUGUCUGACGCUUUAAUAAAAAAAUUACGUUUUACCCGUAAGGAUCUCUUUAAAUACAUUCAAGGUUGACCUUGUAAAUAUUAGUUGUCAUUUGCGUAACGACUAAAUCUCAUUAUUGUACAUCAUAUGGAUUGGUUUAUAAAUUUAAGGAAGAUGACUAAGUUUCCCUAUUACCAAUUUUCACAUAGAUUAUAGGCUGCAUUUCUAAAUAUCUCGUAUACUAAUUACUUCGGGAAAAACAAAUACAAACCAAUUUUGUGUUCAUAAAUCCUGUUGUUUGCUAGUUUCUCAUCAUUUUGCCAAAUCACAGAUAAUAAAAAUCAUCACUGCAAUGUUACUGUUGCUCGCUUUUGUCGUUUUUCUCUCACUGAUCACAGAUUUACGUCAACAAACCUUUGGAUAAUAAACAAGUCACCUACAAAUGUGACGGUCUAAUCCAGUCCUUGUAUUUUCAGUAACGUGUGCAGGUUCAUAAUAAACUAUGUAAAUCCGCGAAAUGGAGCCAUAGUUUUCGAGCAUUUGCCCUGUUCUUUACACUCACUGCAAUCAUGGCUGAUUUGCUUUGUUACUUUCUUGUACCCACUACAUUGAUCUACCUGCUUGGUAGUUCAUGUGUAUGGAUGCAUCUUUUAUGGCAAACAGAUUAAGUACUUGAUAGUUCUCAAAGUUUUAUCCAGAAAUACAACUGGUUGUUGCAUACUUCAAAUCUUUCAGAACUUAUUUAAGUUUGUAUAUGUAAAUUCUUGGUAGUUUUUCAUAUCAGUUUACAACAUUUGUCAAACUUGUUGAGUAUUUCGAUUCUACUUUCUAUAAGGGUGUAUAGAAAGUUACUUUUAAUGUUCUUUGAUAGUCACUUUUCCCUAUUAACCCCUAUUUCUCUUGCAGUUCGUUACCACACAUUUCACAAUGUUUACCUCUUUGAGGAAGGAGGCUUUUAACAUUAAAUGACAACGAAGUGUUAGUCAUUAUAUUUCUCAACACUUCAUACACUAUGAUAUUUUACCCCAAUUUAACCUGUUCUUUGUUUGCAUCAUUGUGUUUCAAUAGGUUUAUUAGUUCCUUUCAUUAUAUUUUUAAGUUUAUGAAACACUCCGAGAAUACAAUAUUUUUGUGUCUAAAUAAUGCUUGUUGUCAUCUGUUGACCACUCAAAGUGCUAGAGGGCUUGACCACAAAUAAAAUAAGCACUAAUUUCUAGAAAGGUCACAGUUAACAUUGUAAUUCUGGUCUCAAUUCAUGUUCAAAUAAUAGUCUGCGGAAUUACAGCAGCAGAUGAUCCUGGAUUUCUGUUAGAAGCAUACUCUCAAAUUAUUAGUGUUGAUACCUCUCUUGAAUAACAAUGUACUUCUUGAUCCAAACCCUGAAAUAAUUAAGCCUCAAGGUAACGUCGUUUGUGUUAUAACUUUUCCUUUUGUAACACCGUUGAUUUUAUCUUCUCCUUCGUAACGAUCCCUAUAAAAUGUUUUUUCAACAGAAAACCACAUAUUAUUGUCGUGAUCUUGUCUCGCCUAGAGAAGCAUUCGAACUACUAAUCACUUAUAUAUAAACCAGAAAAUGUGAAGUGUGGUUUACGGGCUAGUGGUAAUGUGGGGGUGACGGAAUGUCAAGAAAUAGUGCUUUUUAUCCAUCGCUUAUACACCCAUUUGCUUGUUUUUUUACUUAGACGGCUGCUGUUAUCAUUAAAUUCUACUGCUUUGUUUUAAAAUUUCUCUGCUUGAUGUGAUUCAUUUUGUUUACUUUCGUCACCUUAGCCGUGUUCUGUAAAUGUGCUUAAUAGUUAUGUUUAUUCAUGUAAGGUCUCAACCAGCACGGAGCUAACACAAAAAUUAC